AUUUAUUACAACUAGAUUGUCAAGCUAAUUAAAGAUGCUUGUGUUUAUAGGCGUGAAAUGAAACUCGUAGUUUCUUAGAACAUAUGGUAUAUAUGAUAUUAUGUUUUUUAUUAUAAUACGGGUGCAGUGUCGCGUUAUAUUCUAAGAAAAAUAGUAUCAAAGUAUUUUAUCAUGUUUGCCAAAAGAAAUGUCGAUCCGGAAUUAGAAAGAUUGAGGAAUGAAGUUGAUGGUCCUCCAAAUUUGGACGCUAUUGCAUUAAGUAUCCAAAGAGCAACUUCCCAAAUCCAUGCAUCCUACUUGUUUGAUCACAUUGGAAAACCAACGUUGCGACAGUUAUGCUCAUUAUUGAGCUCUACUGGCACAGGGAAAGCGUACAAUGGCUGGCAGGAAUUUGCAGGGCAUAUGGGCCUAACAAUGGAACAAAUACGUUGCAUAGAUUAUGAGUUCAAAGGCCCAGAGGACCCUGCUUUUUAUGUACUGCUAACUUAUGUGCAACAUGGUGGAGCAACUAUAGACAAGAUCCUGAGUGCCUUGCAGAGAAUGCAUCGGUUUGAUGUGAUCUAUCAGAUAAAAGACAACAUUUUUAACUUGCUGAAUGCUAUUCAACAAGAACCUCCAGUUUCCGAUUCCACCAUACUGAGGCCUAAAAGUAUUCCAAGAGCUCCUUUAAUUUUAACACCAUUGGAAAGUAUACAAGAGAAGCAAACUAGAACAGUUAAUUCUGAACGACUUCCUCAAAAUACAUUACCGAAGAUUAAACAAUCAUAUGGAUGCAUAGUUAUGUUAACAUUUGCUGACGAUGGUCAAGCAACAGCACAAUAUAUAUCAAAAGUAUUUAGAUCUCAUAAGUCUAAGAUUGGAGUACUCAUCCUUCAAGAACAAGAAAAUCAUGUAUACAGUAAAGCAGAAGAAUUCAUAAACGACUCUUUCAGUCAAGUGAAUUUUAUUAUACCAAUUCUGACCAAAGGAUACUUGGAGAGGAUACGCAAUCCUACAAAGAUGUACAGUGAAGAUCGAAAUAAAUUAGAUAGCAAAUACCUGAAAUAUAUAUAUUCCUUAAUGCAGAAUGAAUAUUCAAAUAAUGAAUGCACCAAUUUUCGUGUGAGAUGCAUAGUACCUGAUAAAGAAGUUCACACAAUUCUAAAUGCAAACAUGCAUCCAAUUCUACAAGCAUGGUUCAAAGAGAGCUACAUUGAUACAUUUAUGGAUAAUAUUCUUUUACAAAAGCGAACAAAAUAAAUAACAAAAACAUGGGCAUUGAAAUCAUUAAAGCACUUUGACGAAUCCAACAAGUUUUCUGGAGAUGCGAGGUCAAAAACAACAUUUUCCUUCUCACCAUGAACCCAUUGUGCUCCUAAUUCUACAACAUUGUCAGCUGAAAAAGUAUUUAAAUAAUUUUCUUCACUACCUAUGCUAGUAGGCAACAAUUUACAGUGUAUAAUUAAAUAAUAAGAACUUUAAAAAAUAAGGAAGAGCUGAAACUUUGUUCAAUUUUCUCUAUAAGAUUUGUGAUCUUUUGGUUAUUACGUUUAUACGAAAAUAAAUAACAGAUCCACCUGUUUCUUUCAAGA